AUGUUCGCCAAACCACGCCCGAAAAAGUCAUUACUUCCCCCGCCCUCGAAAAAGCGCAAGGCAACGCACACUGUCGAGGAGAUCAGUUUCGACAAUACCGCAAGGCAAGAAUACCUGACGGGGUUCCACAAGAGGAAGGUCCAGAGGCAGAAGCAUGCGCAGGAGGAGGCUGCCAAGAGGGCGAGAGAGGAGAAGAUAGAGUUCCGCAAGCAGUUGCGAGAAGACAGGAAAAAGCAGGUCGAGGAACAUGUCAAGAAUAUCGAGGCUAUCAUGAAGGGCUCGCGGGUGGCCGGCCUGGGCUCGGACCAAGAAGAGUCGGAGACGGACGGCUCAGACAAGGUUGAAGAUGAUUGGAACGGAUUCGACGAGGCUCCGCAAACGCCAGCCCUGGAGGCUGUGGACCAUGAGGAGGAGUACAUCGAUGAGGAUCUCUACACAACAGUCAAGGUGGAGGCAGUCCGCGUGGACCGGGAUGGUCUGCAUAACAAAUCGGAACUGGAGGCCGUGGACGACGACAGCGAUGAACACAGCGCAGCGGACGACAUGGGGUCCAAGAAUGCGAAGGGCGCUACGUCUAGUGAGGGCAGGAAAGACCACCCCAAGAAGAAAAAGAAGAAAUUCAGGUACGAGACAAAAGUCGUCAGGCAAAUGACGAACAGGAAGAACAAGGCGAGAAAGUCAAGAGGUUAG